GGCAUUUGCGUGUGCUGCGCUCGUCCCCUUUGGCCGCGGGACACGCAUCCACCCAUACCUCCUCUUCUGUCUCCCUCCCCAGCGGACAGCCAGCAUGGAACGGACGAAAGGGUUAAGUUGCCCAACUUCACGGAGGACGUCGACUGGCAAGGGCUGGAGGAUUUGUACAGCGUGAACGAGAGCCUGUACGAGAGGCGCUACAACUACAGCCCCGGCCUCGACGACUGGACUAACUUCUGGAAGGAUGUAGAUAGUAUGUUUGCACUGCUGAGCAACUUUCACAAACUAAACCCAACAAAGGACAAGCCUGAGCCCACAUCGGAGGUGGGAUCGGGGGCGGCUGAGCUGGAGGAGGCCAGCGGGGCCGGGGUUGGGGUCCCAGCUCAGGAGGCGCGGACUGUCGUCGCCGCCGCCGCCGCCGCCACCGUUACGCCUGACCCCACAACCUCGGAGACCCGGAGCACACUCCCACCGGCCGGGGGUAAACCGGAGUCUCGGAACGACAUCCCCGAGGAGCGGCCCGACGAGCGGAGGACCGCCGCCGGGGACACGUGGACGCGGCAGCUGGAGGAGGGCCUGGACGCGGACGGGCUGGUUUUCAGCGGGAACGGCCUAACCGAGCUGGAGACCCGGCACGACUUCCUGCUGCGCUCGGGCCCCGGACCCCGCUCGGACCUGCCGCCGCAGCCCGACAACGGCGAGCGGGAGAUGGAGGAGGACGACCUCUUUCUGGCACAGGGCUACCCCCACCGCGUCCCGCAGACCGCGAGGCCCACAGCGCGGGCCGCGGGGAGCGGCGCCCCACGGAGCACAGCAACAGUACUGUUGCAACCAAAUACGGCCCCCUCCAGCGCCACACGCUGACGCCGACGCCGACCCAAGAGGACUAGGGACGCGGCAGCGUGCGCAAGGCCCUGACGUCCUGCUACGACAUUCACGACAGAUUCAGUAACGACUCAUGACGUUAUGUCUAUUUUUCUACGUGUGCUUCCGGUUUUUAAGAAUCAGUGUUAUAUUAAGAUCUUUAAGGGGCUUUUAUAAAUAAAUAUAAAUAAAAUGUCUAAAUACCCGAAUGCAGUUGCAGUUUAAUGCUGGAUUUAUUUUUUGUAAACCCAAGUGAAAGGGGUCAGACAUUAAAGUAUGUUUUUAAUGUAAUAUAAAUGUUUGUAUAAAAGACAGGUUAUAUAUAAAAGUAAACCAUAAGAGUGUACGCCACAAUGAUGGUAACCACUGGUACAUCUGAGCAGACCGGUUACGUACUGAAAAAAGCACUUUUGCCGUCUUGCCGUUCUCACCAACCUGACUGCUGUCGUAUUUACAGACCCGCCGUUUCGAAUACGCUCCCGACUUGAAACGCAGCCGAAAGGUGAGGUUUUCAAACGUGCUCUUGGCUGCGCCCAGUAAGAACAGCUCCGUGACGAAUGAGGAGUGGCGUUCUGAGCUUAACGGUCACCCGGCGCGCAGAGCAGUCCGCCUACCUGGCGGUACUGGCGAUCUGGGUCCGAGGAAAUGGUACCGCUGGGAUGCCGUGAGCAUCACUGCUGCUCGCUUUUGCAACCUGGUACAGAGGGGCAUUAUUAUGUCAAAAC